GAAUUGAUAGAUUGAGCGAGCGUGUAUCUGAAUUCCUAGAAAGUAUGUAUCUGUUGUGAGCUCACAAUUGAAGCAUAGAAUUAGAAUGGUUGUUCUUCAGUUGGCUUCAAUCCACCUCUGUUGUUUGGCAGAGAAGAAGAAAGAUUGUUGGAGUAAGCCAUCCAAGUUGGGGGAAUCAAGCGUUACUUACAGAAGAAAAGGUUCUGUUCAACAACAACAACAACAACAACAACGCAAAGCCCACAAGGUGAAUCUGGAUAUUUCACCUCAUAGAGCUGUGUCCGCAGUGAGAUUAAUGCGUAUAGAGUUUGGUGGUGCCUUUGCCGACCUCUUAAAUGAAAAAGGGAAGGGCUCAGGUGAUAACGAGAUGGGGUAUGUUGAAAGAACGCUCGGCUUCUGCACUCGAGAUUUGGAUGAUCGAGAUCUCAGAUUGGUAACUGACAUUGUCGGGGGUACAAUCCGUUGGAGAAAAUACCUUGACUAUUUGAUUUUGUCCUUGUGCCAUGACCCAAACACAUUUAGUCGUAUGGAACCUCUCCUAUUACAGAUUCUUCGGAUUGGAUGCUACGAGAUUGUAAAGCUGGAUGUCCCUUCCUAUGCUGUUGUAGACGAGAAUGUGCAGCUUGCAAAAGUUUCCCUUAGGCCGGGUGCUGGUAACAUGGUCAAUGGGAUUCUUAGGAACCUCAUUUUGCUUAAGGAAACUAACUCUCUUCCUUCACCUCGGGUGGAGGGUGAUGAUCGUGCACAAGCACGUGCUCUUGCUAUUCUUCAUUCUCAUCCAGUUUGGAUGGUGAGGCGCUGGAUUAAGUACCUUGGACAUGAAAAAGCUAUCCAGCUGAUGAUGUGGAAUAACAGUGAUCCUAGUUUUAGUUUGAGGGCUAAUAGAGGAAAAGGUUUUACACGAUCAGAGCUUGUGUCACGACUUGAAACGUUGAAGGUACCCUAUGAGCUGUCUCCUCACCUGGAUGAUUUUAUUCGUAUCAAGACGGGAAUGCAGAGUGUUAUACAAGGUGGGCUACUAAAAGAGGGCUUAUGUUCUGUCCAAGAUGAGAGUGCAGGUUUGGUGGUUUCGGUUGUUGACCCACAACCUGGAGAGAGCAUACUUGACUGUUGUGCUGCUCCUGGAGGGAAGACUCUUUUCAUGGCAGCCUGUUUGAAUGGCCAAGGCAUGGUAACUGCGAUUGACAUAAACAAAGGGCGCUUGAGGAUCCUCAAAGAGACAGCCAAACUGCAGCAACUUCAUAAUGUCAUCACUACUGUGCAUACCGAUCUUCGUACAUUUCCUGAGGAUAAUUGUGUGACCUAUGAUAAAGUGUUGCUGGACGCUCCAUGUUCUGGACUUGGUGUUCUUUCUAAGAGAGCAGACUUGCGGUGGAAUAGGAAGUCAGAAGAUAUGGAACAACUUAAAAAUUUGCAAGAUCAACUUCUUGAUGCAGCUUCCAAGAUUGUUUUGAGCUUGCAGGUUGGUAAAAGCUGGUGGAGUGCUAGUAUACAGCACGUGUUCAAUUGACCCUGAAGAAAAUGAAGAGAGGGUGGCUGCAUUUCUUCUCAGGCAUCAGCAGGAAUACAGCAUAGAUUCUGCAGAGAGAUAUAUAUCAGCUGAGUUUUUGACACAAGAGGGUUACUAUUUCUCUAGCCCUGUCAAGAAUAAUUCUCUUGAUGGUGCCUUUGCAGCACGUCUAAUUCGUCAAUCUUAACUUAAACUGCUGCUAGAGUCCUGACCUACAGGAUAACUGUGAAUGAGGAGGAGGAGGAUAAUCGCGUUUUAGUUCAGUUACAGGAUUUUGAUCUGGAUUUCUAGACACGUUUGAAUGAACAAUGUUUACAAAGAAAGCAAUUGGGUUCAACAAAAAACACUUCAUUUUGGUUCAAAGCAACGGUUCAGACAUCUUAAAUCGU